CUCUCCCUGCAGAACGUGGCCAACUAUCUCAUCGGCUCCCUGGCCGUCACCGACCUCCUGGUCUCCGUGCUGGUGCUGCCCAUGGCCGCCCUCUACCAGGUGCUGAACAAGUGGACGCUGGGCCAGGUCACCUGCGACAUCUUCAUCUCGCUGGACGUGCUGUGCUGCACCUCGUCCAUCCUGCACCUGUGCGCCAUCGCCCUGGACCGCUACUGGGCCAUCACCGACCCCAUCGACUAUGUCAACAAGCGGACACCCAGGCGAGCGGCUGUGCUCAUCAGCCUGACCUGGCUCAUCGGCUUCCUGAUCUCCAUCCCGCCCAUGCUGGGCUGGCGGACGCCCGAGGACAGGUCGAACCCGGACGCCUGCACCAUCAGCAAGGACCACGGGUACACCAUCUACUCCACCUUCGGCGCCUUCUACAUCCCUCUGCUGCUCAUGCUGCUGCUUUACGGGCGCAUCUUCAGGGCGGCCCGGUUCCGGAUCCGCAAGACCGUCAAGAAGGCGGAGAAGAAGAAAAAGAAGAUCGCGGACACCUGCCACUCUCCCGCCAGCCUGCAGAAGAAAAGCAACGGGGAGCCCGGCAAGAGCUGGAAGCGGACUGUGGAGCCCAAGCCCAGCGCCUGUAUCAACGGGGCCGUGAGACAUGGGGAGGACGGGGCGGCUCUAGAGGUCAUCGAGGUCCAGCACUACCACAACUCCUCCAAAACUCACCUGCCCUUGCCCAGCGACCCCUGCAGCACCCCGCUGGCCUCCUCCUUCGAGCAGAAGAACGAGAGGAGCACCGAGGCCAAGAGGAAGAUGGCCCUGGCCAGGGAAAGGAAAACGGUCAAAACCCUGGGCAUCAUCAUGGGCACCUUCAUCCUCUGCUGGCUGCCCUUCUUCAUCGUGGCCCUGGUCUUGCCCUUCUGUGACAGUGAAUGCUUCAUGCCGGACUGGCUGGGGGCGGUCAUCAACUGGCUGGGCUAUUCCAACUCCCUCCUCAACCCCGUCAUCUACGCCUAUUUCAACAAAGAUUUCCAAAGUGCUUUUAAGAAAAUUAUCAAGUGCAAAUUUUGCAGGCAGUGAAGCCUCCCUUUUCUCUGGGACUGUCUUCACUUGCUUCCUCCAGCCCGACCUCUCUUCCGCGACAGCGUAUGCUUGUGCCCGUCCCUCCCCCACUCUCCCCAGACCUGCGGCAGGGGGACCGCCGCUUCACCGCUCAGCGCCAAGUAGUUCAGACCCUUGGGCAUUUGUCUGGGGAGAAAAGGCCGUGCCCUGAUUCCAGUCCCUCGCCGCCCAAACAGUAUAGACAAACCGAGCCAGCCCCUUCCUGAACUCCCGCUGAAAACUUAGCACUUUUCAUCCAGCGCUUUGGAAAACUCACUGGCACGUGUUUCCAAGCCAAACUGUGCUCCUCUGAGUUUGCACAUUACUGAGCCCGUGCAAUGACACCCUCUUCCGCCACUUGCAUUUAUUUGGGUAAACCCUGGGUGUGCAGAUCGUUGCUUGUGGUCGCACCACCUUGUCUGCCCGAGCAGCAUCGGUAAAAUAAACCAUCCUAUGCAUAACCCCGUCUUGUCUGUUUUUCUGGGAUGAAAAGAAGAUUGCCGAACUCUGAGCCUAACCCAGAGCUGGUCGAGUAGAUUGUGGCAGAUUGAAAACUACCCCAGCAUAUGGCAUCUGUGAUGAAUGCCUUUUUCAACAGCUAUGAAGGUAUGCAGGCUUUGCAGGAUGAUGUUCAGACCAGAGUGUUCCAUCUGUAUGUGGACAGUGGCAGUGACAGUAGCUGGUGACCUAGACAAGUUAUGGGAGCAGUUACCUGCUACAUUCCUAUAGACUCAGAGGAUAAUUUGUGCACAUUGUUGUUUUACUUUUCUGUUCAUAUGCUAUUCAUCAAGAUACAGUAGUUGGAUUUUUACAAAUUCAGUGCAAAGGAACCCUAAGGCUAUGUCUACACUGCAGGUUUUUUGCGCAAGAAUGGCUGU